UUUUAACAGCAUAUAAUUUAAUUAUCCUCUACAUCUGCCUCGAUUGAUAGAUAGUAUGUUCUCUACGUUUUACCUCUCAAAGUACAUAUAAAUCUGACGUUGGAAUCACCAUUUGAGCGAUUUAUGUAGUGCAUAAAUUCCAAAUCUGCCAUUUUGGAACAACUACCUAAGACUGAAAUUUAAUAAAUUUGCCUUGAUUUCAGGCAGAAAUGCCUCAACUCUAACCAUUUGUGAUUUUAGUAUUUUUUCUUGAACCUCAAACCUCACAUACAAAUUCAAUAGCAUUAUCCAAAUUAAAGUACCUCAGUGAUAUUUUUCACCACUAAACUUUUUUAGUGGACCCAGCCCAAACGAAUCCUUUUACUUUGGAAUAAAAUAACUAGUGACCCUUUUAAAUUCUAUAUAAAGCUUCACCAUACUCACAUUAUAACACUACACUAAAAAGUAGAUCCACUACAAGAUUUUCAUCCCUAAAAAAGAGAGGAAAAAAAAACCAUGGGUAACCAUAGUCUUCACUUGCUAAUAAUAUUCAUGUCCUUCCAAUGUUUUCUUGCUUAUCAUACCAUGGCUAAACCAUCCAUGACCUCAAAUCCAGCUGCCAUAAAAUUCAUCAAAAGUUCAUGUAAAUCCACACUUUACCCUGUGUUAUGUGUCCAAUGCCUCUCAGCUUUUGCUAACACUGUUAAACAAAGUGAGAAACAAUUAGCUCACGCUGCUUUAUCAGUUAGUUUAAGCAGAGCAAAAUCCACUACGAUAUUUGUAUCGAAGUUAAAUAGAAUACGUGGUCUAAAGCCAAGAGAAAAACAAGCAGUUAAAGACUGUUUGGACACUAUGAGUGAUAGUGUUGAUCAGAUAAAUAAAUCAAUUCCAGAACUUGGACAUACUGGUCAAUUUUCAGCAGGACAGGAUUUUAUGUGGCAUGUUAGUAAUGUACAGACUUGGGUAAGUGCUGCACUUACUGAUGAAAAUACUUGUCUUGAUGGAUUUUCAGGACCUGGUAUGAAUGGAAAUGUUAAGGCUGCUUUAAGGGUGAGGAUACUUCAUGUUGCACAAGUUACUAGUAAUGCACUUGCUUUGGUUAAUCGAUUUGCGGAUCGACAUCGACCUAGGACAAUCUCGAAUAGUCCUUAGUGUCACGGAGAAAUUCCUUAUAGGGAACGCUUCUUGGCCUUAGUGAAAGUUUGAAUUAGUCGGAUCAGUAAACCUCGAAUGGUUGGUAAGUCUAAAGUGAGGUUGCCAGUAGCCUUGAGUACUUUUGAUGUGUAAAGUCUAUUUUUUUUAAAAAAAAAAUUAAGUAUGAAUUUGGGGCUUUGUGUCUAGAGGUAAAAAUAUAGUAGUAAUAUGUAUACUGUUGUAGCAGGGUUUGUGAGAAAAAGUUCCAAGUUUGUAGCUGCAAUGAAAAGAUAGUGCAGCUUAAUUUCGUGGUCACUAUCUAUGUGAAUGUAAUAAUAUCUUCUUGCUUGUAUGAGCUUUCAUUUUCACUUUUGUAUAGUACAACUGCCUCCGUUUUAAUUUGUC